AAUGCUUUCUCAUUUUUUGUUUUGUUCAUUUAAUUACGUUUUUUUUCACCUGCACCUGUGGAUUAAUCCCCCCGGGAUUUGGAGCAAGGGCGACUCUGUGUAACUUGAGGCAUCAUUUCUAGAGAGAGAGAGAGCUCCAGAGAGAGAGAGAUGGCGCAUUCCUGUGUUGCGACAGCAGGAAGUGGCAUUAAGCUGCAUCUCAAUCACUCGAAGCAGUCGCAAAACCCUGUUAACCUUCCCUUUGUGAAGCUCCCUACUGGCAGAAAACAAAAUUCCAUCUGCAGUAAAAAGAAAAUAUUGAGUUCUCCGAGAGCCACUUAUUCUGGGGGAUAUUGGACCCCCGAAUGUGAUUCUCGUAAAGGCAUAUGGUCUGUAAGGGAUGAUUUGCAUAUUCCUUCAUCCCCAUACUUCCCCAUAGCCCAGGCUGGUCAAGGGCCACCACCCAUGGUGCAAGAACGAUUCCAGAGCGUUAUCAGUCAGCUUUUUCAGCAUAGGAUAAUUCGUUGUGGGGGAGCUGUGGAUGAUGAUAUGGCAAAUGUUAUUGUUGCACAACUUCUCUAUCUCGAUGCCGUCGAUCCUUACAAGGACAUCGUUAUAUAUGUCAACUCUCCCGGAGGGUCUGUGACGGCAGGUAUGGCCAUAUUUGAUACCAUGAAACAUAUCAGACCUGAUGUAUCCACUGUUUGUGUUGGCCUGGCUGCUAGCAUGGGGGCCUUUAUUCUUAGCUCCGGCACAAAAGGGAAACGAUACAGCUUGCCCAACUCUAGGAUCAUGAUUCAUCAGCCUCUUGGUGGAGCUCAGGGUGGGCAAACUGACAUAGACAUCCAGGCCAAUGAGAUGCUACAUCACAAGGCGAAUCUUAACGGGUACCUGUCAUACCAUACUGGGCAAAGCCUUGACAAGAUAAACCAGGACACUGACCGAGACUUCUUCAUGAGCGCCAAGGAAGCAAAAGAUUAUGGUCUUAUUGAUGGCAUUAUCUUGAAUCCUCUCAAAGCUCUCCAGCCCCUACCAGCUGCGCCUGCAGAAGAAUCACCAUGAUCUUUUGCCUGGGCUUUGUUCACUCAGUUAUUCUCAGUUUAUGAGAAACUGCUGCUUUUUCCCCACUGUAUAAAGGAAGUCAAUUAGUACUCAAAUAGCGUGAUCUUCACUUGGGGUGAAACUACCCAUUAAUCCUGUAUUCAAGGGGAAAUUGUGUGAAUGUUACUUUAUUCUAGACAGAAGCAAAGGCUAAUAACAUUUUCGAUAUGUGAUUUUGUAACAUUUUUAGUGUUUGAACUCUAGGAUUGAAAAGGAACAUGAAUGCUUAAACCAGAACUCUAGGAUUCAACAGUAA